CAAAGGUUCGUCCAAGUGUGUGUGUUUUGUGUGUUUGUGUUUGUGUGUGUGUGUGUGUCGGGCUUAAAGCAGACAGACCGGGUCAGAGCCUGCGGACCAGUUCGGCACUGUAGACGUCAAAAACACGCACACGCCUGAGGUGCUGAAGUGCUUGCGAUGACAUGGGAAGAGUACUUAAAGGUGGUUAGGCCUACUUCUGCAAACAGCAAAACCGGAGACAUCUGGAGAGCGAAAAAGAGAAAAGACCUGUCCAAAUGAAGUGCACUGUUAUACAAGACGGAGGUCUGAGUUAAGACUGAAGAUGGUCUGAUGGACCGCCGCUUCUUGCUGACCUUCAUCUUUUGUUCAGUCUCGUGGAUUUUCUUCUGGGAAGUGCGCUGGAAGAAAAGCAAGGAAAGUCAGAUUGAAGAAUGGCUGCAGGGGCAUAGCCUGUUUGAGUACAAGUAUUUAUUUGAAGAUGUCCAGUCUCUGGAAGAGUUGAGUCUUGGUGUGUUGGCUCGUUUGAAGGAGGUGGUAAAGGAUCACCGGCGCUGGAGGGACAUCACUGAAGCUCACAUCCAUCUGCUCCGAGACUUUGCCUUUCAGGAGUGGCUGUGCUCCCAGAGCCUGGAGCACUACUACCACACUCUGAAGGCCCUGGGAUGCACUAAUCUGGAUGAUUUAGCUCAGUUUGACAGCCAGCUUCAGCUUUCUUUGGCAGCCUGGGGCUAUUACUACGAGGAUUACAUCAAACUGUCUACAGGAGUGAAGGUUCUGCAAGCUUCCAGGGGCAGCAGAGACCAGGACUACGAGAUUCAGCUGGUGCACAGCCUUGCUGAGAGACGCCUUAAUGAGAAGUGGUCCAUUGCUGGAGCAGUGAUAUUUGGCUGUACUGUUGCACUGUGCUUUCUGAUAAGGGACCUCAUGUUUUACGUGAUUGGUGGGAUAACUGUUUCCAUUAUUGCAUUCGUCUUUACCAUCAAGUUCCUAUGUGAGCUCGCUGCACGGGUGGUCAGCUUUCUGCAGAAUGAGGACCCUGGACGCCGCGGUGAUCGCAGUAUUUACGACUAUGUGCGAGGGAACUAUCUGGACCCACGCUCCUGUAAAGUCUCCUGGGACUGGAAGGAGCCACAGGAAGUGGGCCAGACUAUGAGCUUCCGAGUGCAGCUCUUCUAUAAGAAUGGCCAGCCAUUCCCGGCCCACAGGCCCGUGGGCUUGAGAGUGAACAUAACUCACAUAGAACUGGCUCUGGACAUUCCUGUAACCCAGGAGGUCCUUCAGGAACCAGAGUCCAAUGUAGUGAAAGUGACCUUCACUGUGCGCAAGGCUGGCCGAUACGAAGUGGCUGUUAAACUUGGUGGUCUCAAUGUGGCCUACAGCCCUUAUUAUAAAAUAUUCCAGCCAGGGACAGUGGUGCCAUCCAAAACAAAGAUUGCUUACCACUUUUCCACUUUGGUGCUGACAUAUGGUCAACAGCACACACUGCAGAUUGAGCCUCGGGAUGAGUAUGGCAACCCUACCAGUAACUCCGUCUCCCUUGUAGAUGAAGUCAACUACAGUGUACAUAUUCACUCACUGGGCACUGUGGAAGAGGACAGUGCUGAAGACUUUUAUAGUACGACUGUCUCUUGUAAUAAGCAGCAGUGUCAGGUUCUGUUGAGGCUCACUCUUAAAAAGAAGGGCUGCUUUCGGGCAAGAAUCCGUUAUAGGGACCAGCCUCUCAGCAAUGGAGAGUUUGACAUCAUUGUGCUAAGUGAGAAUGAGAAGAGUUGUGUGGAGAAGAAUGUGUCCACUCCAGGCAUUAGUAUCUACUUUGAGGCCUACCUCUAUGGCACUGGCAAUUACAGCAGCUCCCCCUGGCAGUUCCCAGCAUCCUCUUUGCUGGCGCCACAGAGACGACCGUCCAUGGGUGAUGAUGAGGAUGAGCAUGACUCUCCGGUAGAGGGCCAACCAGAGAAGGUCAAGAAACCAAAAAAGGUCUACUGCUACAUAUCGCCAAAGCAACUCUCAGUGAAGGAGUUUUAUCUGAAGAUUAUUCCAUGGCGCCUUUUCACUUUUCGUGUGUGCCCAGGAACAAAGUUCACAUACCAUGGGCCGGACCCAAUCCACAAGUACCUGACACUGGUGGUGGAUGAUGGCAUUCAGCCUCCUGUAGAGCUAAGCUGCAAGGACAGAAACAUCAUGGCAGCCACGUUUAUUCGCUUCCUUCACAAGAACAUUGGAGGCUCAGAAACAUUUCAGGACAAGGUGAGCUUUUUCCAGCGGGAGCUCAGGCACAUUCAUUCCAAAAGGCCACGUACAAAGACCUGCCUGAAGAUCAGCCGCCACUCAAUCCUUGAUACAUCUCUUAAGGCCACCAGAAACUUUUCUAUAUCAGAUUGGAGUAAGAACUUUGAGGUGGUCUUUCAGGAUGAAGAAGCUCUGGACUGGGGCGGUCCGAGGCGGGAGUGGUUUGAGCUUGUGUGUAAGGCUCUGUUUGACACCAAUAACCAGCUCUUCACGCGCUUCAGUGACAACAACCAGGGUCUGGUCCACCCUAAUGCAGAGCGACCUGCCCACCUGAGGCUGAAGAUGUAUGAGUUUGCAGGGCGCGUGGUGGGAAAGUGCCUGUAUGAGUCAGCUUUGGGAGGGGCCUACAAGCAGCUGGUGCGAGCCAGGUUCACUCGUUCCUUCCUGGCCCAGAUUAUUGGCCUGCGCAUGAAUUACAAGUACUUUGAGACGGAUGAUCCAGAGUUCUACAAAACAAAGGUCUGCUUCAUUCUAAACAAUGACGUGAGUGAAAUGGACCUUGUUUUUGCUGAAGAGAAAUACAGCAAGUCAGGACAGCUGGAAAAGGUGGUGGAGCUCAUAUCUGGUGGUGCCCAAAUUGCUGUGACUAAUGAGAAUAAGAUGCAUUACCUGAACCUGCUGGCUCAGUAUCGACUGGCCAGUCAGGUGAGGGACGAGUUGGAGCAUUUCCUUAAAGGUUUGAAUGAACUUGUUCCUGAGAACCUUUUGGCCAUAUUUGAUGAAAAUGAAUUGGAGUUGCUCAUGUGUGGAACUGGAGAUAUUAAUGUGCAGGAUUUCAAAGCCCAUGCUGUUAUCGUUGGAGGCUCAUGGCAUUUUAGAGAGAAGGUAAUGAAGUGGUUCUGGGCUGUGGUGUCCUCCUUCACUCAGGAAGAGCUGGCACGUCUCCUGCAGUUCACCACCGGCUCAUCUCAGCUCCCCCCAGGGGGCUUUAACACACUCUGCCCCUCCUUCCAGAUCAUAGCAGCCCCCACACACAGCACUCUGCCAACCGCACACACCUGUUUUAACCAGUUGUGCCUCCCUACCUAUGACUCCUAUGAGGAGCUGCACAAACUGCUGAAGCUGGCCAUCAGUGAGGGCAGUGAGGGCUUCGGCAUGCUCUGACCGCAUGCUGGCUCUGUCUUUUGGAUACACUGGGGAAGUCUCUCUGUCUAUUUCUUUCUCUUUCUCUCUCACUUUUUCUUUCCCUCUCUUGACCGGGUGAGCUGCUGUAUAUGAGCCAAUGCACCUUUUGCCUCCAAUAACAGACCUCUAAGCUUAAGCUCACCUGGACAUCCAGAUUUUCUCUUUUAAGCAGGACCUUCAAAGAGGACAUUAUACAUGAUCCUGAGAUGCCUUUGGCUAAUUCCACUGGAUGCUGGAACUCUGUAAAUAUGUAAACAUUUUCUUUUUUGUAUUGUUUAAAAAAAUGAGAGCUAUGUUGAGUUUUAUUCUAGGUAGUUCAUUUGCUUCAUUUUAUGUGUGAGUUAGCACAUUCAUUAAAUAUGAGGGCCCGUGUAAGCUUAUAUUACAUUUACAAAGUUAACAAAGCUGGGAACAUUCAAAUGGAGUGUAGCAGCAUAUAAGACGUGUGUUUCUACUACACACUCACUGCACUUUGGCCUUAACUGUUCAGGGAAGGUUAUUAUGUGUAUAUAUUGCUGUUAAUUAUUUUUGCAAAUGGUGUAUGUAGGAGAUGUAGAUGUUUUCAUUUGUUUAUGAAUCUUUUUUUCAUUUGAUAUUUAAGCAGAAUGGACUGUUUUUGUGUGAACAAAACAAACCUUUCAGUCACACAUUUAAUUUCUGCAUUUUCUGUUUGUGUUUUGAGUUAUUUUGUAAGAAAAUACAUGACUGAGGUGGUUAUUAAAUUGUCAUUUGACCAGCAGCAGCCUGACAGAUGAACCAUUGAGCAAUCUUAGUCGUUACUUCUCUUAGUAGCCUGCUUUCUUGCAGCCUCCUACUGGGACUAGGAGGGAGACUGUGCUAAACUGAUUUAGGUUGAGCUUAGGUGUUUUUUCUGUGUAGUCACCAUUGCAACUUGAUGAUGCACAUAAUGAUCUGGAGCACUGGAUCGGAAAAGAGCAUGUCCUCUUUUCUCCAGUGUUGAUUUCAAGUCUCUGGGCAGCAUCUAUGCAUUUUUAUUAACCAGUCCUAUAAACAAAGAAAUAUUGUUUCUGUAAGAUGUACAGGACAAAACUGCAUCAGGACAAGGGAUGUUAUACUGUGAUGCAAAGGGUUUAAAAUUUGUUCUGAGCUUUUGAGCUUUAUUUUGUUAUUUAUAAUCUUAUUUAUUUAAACGUAUUUUACGUUUUUCCACCGACCAAAAUGUCACGGUAUGCUUGUGUUCUUGAUAGGUGCUAAGUUAAAUGAGAAGCUGUGAGCCAGAUGACUGUUUAUUUAGUUUGCAUGUUUUGCAUCUAUCCAUUUGUUAUAAGCACUUAUUUCCAAUACUUAAAUGAUUAAUUUCUAAUGUUCAUAAUAUGUCAUAUUAAUAAUAUAGCACUGCAUUGAGCUUUUUUUUUUCUACCAUUCAUUUUUUUCCAUUGUUCAUUGUGUGUUUAUAUCAGAGGUGUUUUUUUUUUUUUUUUUUUUUUUAAUUAGGUCAUAAGAGAACCCAUCAAAGCCAGCCAGAGAUUUACUCUUAUACCUCUUUGUUGAAGUGUUUGUACAUGAGCGCUGGUACUGUUGUAACAUCAGACAGAAUUGCAUCCAAAGACUGAUCCUAGAGCUGAACAAUAAUGAUGGGAGUAAGCUUUGUUCCACCUUGUAACUCGGUUACAGCUUCUCAUGUGAGUGGAACGUAUUCAGUACACCUUGUGUUACAUGUUAUGUGGGCACUCAUUUGCAAAGCCUACACUGUUGUCAAAUGUGUCUUAGCAUAUACUGUACAUGCUAUUUAACCUUACUGCAAGGCAGAAACACAGUUGCUGUCCAGCUCAAUAAUCUAUAGAGAAUUAUCUCAUACAGAGUAUUUUAACCUUAUAUCCUGAAAGAACAUAUUACGUGACACUGCUAAACUCAGAGUAUACACUAUUGGCCUGCAGUCAUCUCCACCCUUUAAUGCCAUCAGGAAGCUCCUCAUAUGAUCUCACUUUAGGGAUGGUGCACUUUGACCCCGAACAGACAAGUGGCGUGUUCAGCCUGCAGAUUUUCCACUUAGUCCAGCCGAAGAGCCUGCAGGGUGUGGUUGGACUGAGAAUGAAAUCACAGCAUAUGGUUCUUGCUGUGCAUGAUGGCCAAGACUUAUCAUGGUCACCUUAUUUAAAAACACGGUGGCUAAACAGCACUGCAGCACUGUCACUGUCACAUUGGGCGCAUACUAGGAAUGUUAUUUCGUUGCUACAAGCCAUUCUCAAGGGAUAAGAAAUACACAAGGGUAACAUUUAUCACAGCUUCAAGCAGUUCUGACUAUGUUCUGGUAUUUUUGCUUCUUUUUAAGUACGAAAGUGUUUAAAGGUUUGGGAAUAUUAUGAUAACUUGCCUAAGAUGUUGUUUUUUUUUUUUUUUGUCUGAAACUGAAGUUGAAGAGCAGUUUCGGAUUUGAAUUUGAUGUGUAUAUACUGUAAUAUACUAGCUGAUGGCUUAAGAUUUGAUUGAUGUGGGUUUUUUCUGCGUGAAGAGGGAGGCUGUGCUACUCUCACCUGCAGUGUGAAUGUCUCUGGGUUUUCAGCACACUUCUGUUGGCUACAUCAGUUCCUCUUUCAUUUAUGUGACAAAAUAAAAAAAAAAAUGGGGCAACUUUA